UGUGGCGUUAAACGUGCCUGUUCCUGGCUGGACCAACCUCUGACUUGGUCUCCCACAAAUAGAAGGCUCUAUUCGACUUCUGGAGAACGAUAUAUAUGAAUUAAAUUUUUCUUAAGUAUUGCCAAACAGGGUACACAAUUUCUAGAGACUAGACAUAGUCAUAGAGGAUGUGUGAAAGUUAGUGUAGAAAAAAUUUAUAGUUGAUGCAUAUAUCGAGUAAUAUAUGUAAAUAUAUGUUUAGUGAUUAUUCAUAAUCGUAACUUGAUCUAUUAUAACAUGACGUAAUUGUUAGUCGAGUGCCAGUGUAAGUGUCAUGCUGUUAAAGAUAAUCAUGUUGUACAAUAAUGAAUGACACAUGUAGUAUCAUAUGACAAGUGAAUAGAUUAGAAAAGAGAACAAUGUCAGUUCCCUCUUGCUCAACAAGUAAAGGAUUGAAUAAUGGGGCUACUGAGGAGAAAGUAGCGUAUGGAAAAUGGGAACGUUUUAGCAACUGGGUGCAUUGUAUAUGCAUCGUUACGUUUGAUCUUGAGUUGGGUCAAGCUAUAGAGGCAAUUUAUCCAAAUCAUGUUAAAUUAUCAGAGCAAGAGAGAUCCAAUGUCUGUUACUUAGCCUUUCCCGAUUCCAAUUCUGGAUGUAUGGGAGAUACUCAGUAUCAUGUUAGAAUAAGACAAAGCAGUAAAAUGAUACAGGAAACUAACGCUCUUAAAGAAUAUGACAGGAAAUCACCUUCUUUUCUACAAACUGAUAGAGAUUAUUAUUGGGGAUAUGUGUAUUUUCGACAAGUGAAGGAUAAGUCUUUGCCAAGAGGAUAUUUUCAAAAGAGUGUUGUUAUAAUUACGAAACUGCCAUUCGUCAAUCUGUUCGGUGAAUUAUGUGCUUUAAUCGCGCCAGAAUUUUUCGAGACUGGAACAGCGCUUAUGGAAGCUGUGGUACGCGAGAUCGAUCAUUGGCCUCCUCCGAUUCCAGGCCAAAUAGUUCACUUACCUAUUAUUGGAGUAUUAUUCCAGACAUAUAUCCCAAACCAAAAUUAUAAAGCCGCUGUUCCAUCCGUCGCUGCUGUAGAGCACGCACCCAACGUGCACGCGAUGCGAAGACUGCUGCUGACAUCAGCUUACGAGGGUGACAUGUUUCGAAGUUUAGCCAGCGUUGUUAGUUACGUACAUUUACUGUGGGAACUAGUGCUUCUUAGCGAACCAAUCGUUGUGAUGGCAAGCUCGCCGACUACAUGUUCCGAGAUGGUUCAAGCACUUGUAGCCAUGAUCGCGCCGUUAAAGUACUGCUCCGAUCAUCGCCCCUACUUCACUAUUCAUGAUUCGGAGUUCAAGGAGUAUACUACAGAUUCUCCGGCGCCGCCUGCUGUGAUUUUGGGCGUGACAAAUCCGUUCUUUGCGAAAACCCUGCAACACUGGCCGCAUAUUAUCCGGAUAAGCAACGGUAAUAACAGUGAAGAUCAGAAAUAUAAAAUCAAGAGAUCUGAAAAUCUGAAGGUGUUGGACUCGAAGCCUGGCGUUUAUACUCAGUACAAACCCUUUCUGCAAAAGGAUAAAACUAUACUGAAGAAACUAUUCAGAGGCAUUCAGACGAAACGGCCGGGCGAAGUGCAAACCGCGCUCUUGAAACGUCAUCUAAUAGAAUUAACAGAAAGCUUCAUGAUUCCACUCGAGAGAUACAUUGCGACUCUCAUGCCACUGCAAAAGAACAUAUCACCUUUUAAGGCAACUCCCACACCACAAAUGUUCAAUCCAGAUGACUUCCUGGCUAGCUUAAGUAGCUCCGGUCCUCAAUUAACUACAGGUAUAAAAGGGGAUUGGGUUGGACUGUACAAACGAUUCUUUCGAUCGCCGAAUUUCUCCGGAUGGUUCCACACAAGAUACAUGGAACUGAGUCAGCAGUUGCAAGUUAAACAAUUGGAAAAAUUAUCGCAAGCAGAUUUGAAAACGUGGGUGCAAGGGAAGCAAGAGGUAGAAGUGGUCGAUAUGAUUCUUAGAAUUCGCCAGAAGUUAGAAAGAAGCUGUAUUGAUGAUGUACCACUCGAUAAUUCGAUAAAAGAGAGACUGCGAGAGAGAAUAAAUGACAUAACGCAUGUAUUGCCAGAUGAUUUAAAGGUAAUUUUAAGACACGAAUCUUGACAGUACGAGUACGUUAUUAAUUAUAAAACUCGCUAGCAUUAUAUAUUUAUUUCUAAGAGCAGGGAUCGUAUGUAAGUCAACUCAAAAAGACGUAAUAUGUAAGAUUAAAUGCUCUAUCCCCUUCCUAUUUUUAACGUAAACGAAUGAACGAGAGAAAGGUGUCACUCAAUUUGAGUAUACAAUCAAUUACAUUACGCUAAAAGAGGAUGCUGUUAUACGUACUUUAAUCUACAAAUCGAAAUACUCGCCAUAGAGGGGUGGAUGAAGCAAAUCCAUUAUAUAUAUAUAUAUAUAUAUAUAACAGAAAUUAAUCGUGGAAACAUUAUCUUAUGUAUUUAAGUAUAUCACUUAACCCUUUGAGUAUGGAACAGUGCGUUGAAUCUAAAUUCAGCUGACGAUGACAAAUGUACUUGUUUUCGCAUCGAGCUCAAAUAUCGAGAUUGCACGAUACAGCUGGAGAAAGAGAUUUGCUAAAAUACUUACCUUUUCCUCAAACUUACGAUAUUAUUUAUUUAUAUAUAUUUAUAUAUAAAUUUAUUUGUAUAUAAAUUAUUUUAUGGAUAAAUUAAAUGAGAAAAUGCGUUAAACACGGUAUAUAUGCAUACUCAAAGGGCUGAAUAUCAAUGUUUUUAUACUCGGCACAUAAGUAUUUCGUAGAUUUACUUGUUGUUAUCUUGACUGAUCAUAACGAUAUUUGAUUUUCUUCAUAAUGCCAACUCAAUAGCUUCCAUUCUCUACUCGACCAAGUCAUUUCGAUUAAUGAUUUUACAUAUCCAGCGAUGUUUUUUUGUUAUCAUAUAAAUAAAUACCAUAAAUACUCUAUUUGGGGCAAUGAGUGAUAACAAUAACAGGAAUCUCAUGGAAAGCGUAAAUUUCAGCUCAAGUGAAAGUGAGAUUGGAAUAUUAAUUAAUUAAGCGAUGUGUACAUACGUUUUUGAGAUCUGUAAAUAUUGGUACAAACAAUGCGUAUAUAAUAAAAAUUUAUUUUAAUAUAUAUAAUAAGAGCUUGAAUUAUUAUAUUUAUAUCUAUAUUUACGUGUAAACACUUGACAUAAGUAAAAAGAAAUUUUAAUAUCUUUUUCGUAAAAGCCUUUAUACUUUAUUAGAAUGGUAUACUGUAAUUGCAACUGGAAAUGGCGUGCAUAGGGUAGAAGAAACAUUAGCUUAUAAGAGGUAAUAUUUUAUUUUAUUUCUUACGACUUUUUUAUUGUUACAUUCUCCCAAUUACAUUAAUAAUUUUUUUCAAUAGUUUUAUCUUAAUGUUUGCGUCAUUAUAUUCUCAUUAUAAUAUAUCCAUAAUAUAUUAUCGUACUUUCAAUAGAGUCUCAACAACACACAUAUAUAUGUAUAUAUUUAUCGCGAGUAUGACAAAUAUAUACACAUAUAUAUUUAUUCAUAUGUAUACAUGUAUACAUAUACAUAUAUGUAUAUAUGGGUAUCGGGUGUAUGUUCAUUUUCUUUUUUUUUUAUGAGUGUGAAUGCACAGUACCGUAGGAUAGCUUUAUUACACAAUUAAUUCACUUUAUUAUUCUGCCGAAGUACACCUUGAUCUCUGACCAUCGCGUUUAUCUCCUGUCGCUUUCGCGGUGGUUAGGACGAUGUUUCUGUUUGCGCGAAAAAUUUAACGUCAUAUAAAUCUCGCGGGUUUUUUUUUUAUCUCAUUUCGGCCGGUGUAUAGGGGAGAAGGAGGAGAGGACAGAGAGAAACGGGUAAUUCUUUUUGUAUUUGUACAAUCGAAACAUUCGAAGG